AUGCGGCGGGCGCGGCCCGCGCUGCCGCUGCUGCUGCUGCUGCUCGCGGGGCCCCUGCCCGCGGGGACGGCCCCCACAGACCCUGUGGACGAGUGUCAGCAGCAGCUGGCGGUGGCCCGGAGCGUGGUGUCCUGGAUCGUGGGGGGCCACGAGGCCCCGGAGGGCGCGUGGCCGUGGGUGGUGAGCCUGCAGGUGCUGCGCGGCGGCGUCCGCUUCGUGCACCUGUGCGGCGGCGUGCUGCUGGGUCGGAGAGCCGUGCUGACCGCCGGCCACUGCGUGGAUGGCAGGACGGAUCCGUGUUCCUGGCGAGCCGUCCUGGGCGUGCACAACCUGCACAAGCACAGCCGGCACACGGCCAGGAGGAGGAUCAGGAGGAUCAUCGUGCACUCGGAGUUCAGGAGGGAAACCUUCGAGAACGACGUGGCCGUGUUCGAGCUGAGGUCGGCCGUGCGCUACAGCCUCUUCAUCCAGCCCGUGUGCCUGGCCCCGGCCGCCCUGGUGGAGCCCCUGGAGAACAGCUCCGACUGCUACAUCAGCGGCUGGGGACGCACCAGCGAGAAGGGUAAAAUCUCACCUGUGCUAAAAGAAGCCCACGUGGCAAUCCUCCCUUCCAGCCUGUGCAACAGCUCUGCAGGCUACGCAGGGCUCAUGAACGACAAAGCGCUCUGCGCCGGCGCCUGGGCCGGAGGCACCGACACCUGCCAGGGCGACAGCGGGGGCCCCUUGGUGUGUUACCACCCUGACACUGACAAGUAUUACCUGAUUGGCAUCGCCAGCUUCGGGGUGGGCUGCGGCCGCCCCCGCUACCCCGGCAUCUACGUGCGCCUGUCCCAGUACAGAAAAUGGAUCAAAGCAAAACUCCUGCUGAUUAACAAGGCUUGGAACCCCCUGAGCACCCCACUCACCGUGCUCCUGGCCCUGGGGCACACAGUGCUCACGCAGAUUCUGUAGAGGGGAAUCCAGCGUGUCGUCCUCGUGGAGGUCUGUCCUGCCUGGAAAAGCUUGGAGAAACCAGCUCGCUCCUGACAAUAAAUCCAAGAACCAAAGGAUGUGCACUUA